GCAGAAAGAAGAAGCUGCCAAUAGAAAAAUAAAAAGAAGCUGCCAUUAACCUGUAGGAUUUGUUUUUGUUUUGGAUUUUUAAAUUUUUAGAAUAUUGUUUUUUAAAACAGUACAUAAGAAUGGAUGAAAUUGAAAAAAGAUUGUACUCAAAUAAUUCGAUCAAUGUAUCUAAUUUGGUAUCUAAAAUAGUUGUUAAUGUUAAGAAAAAACACGAAGAUGGAAUAAGAGAGUAUCCAGAAGUUAAAUUUUUGAAAGAAAAGUUUUUGACCACCGAUUCUCUUAUUAGUGAAAUAAUAGGAAUUGGUAUAAUGCAAUUAAUAAACGAUGGUGUGCUGCCAAUUGAGAAUGUUCUUACAGAUUUAUUGAGCAGUUUAGAUUCAGUCAGAUGUUAUCCCAGCUUAAUCAAUAUAUUGGGGGAUCUAUUACAUCUCCAUUUACAGAAAAAACAUGUUAAUUACAAUUUAACUAAUCCGCAACAUCCUUUUAUAACAUUAUUGAUGAAAAAUCCAGAAGUGUCUCAUUAUAUUAUAAACAAAUUAAGGAAUUUACUAGUAUUAGGAAAGUGUGAUCAUAAAUUAUUUCAGUCAUUUUAUUUGUAUAGUUUAAACUGUCCUUCAAAAAGUUCAGUAUAUAUAUUGAAAUUCAGGUUGUGGAAUUUUUUGUUGGACCCUAAAUGCAUAGAAACAGUUCCUAAACAUUCCUACAAUACUUUUUUAAGUUGGUUUCAGGUGGAUAGAAGGGAAGAUUUGGAAAUAAUAAGUGACCAAAUCACAGAUGCUAUUGAUGUGUCCGUAAAAAAUAAGGAUUUCUUAAAUUUGGAGAUGUUAAUAUUAUGGCAAAUCAACAUUUUAUGUAAUUUAUCAAAACAUAAACUAGAUCUACAACCUACUCUAAAUUGUUUGAUACAGAAUUUAACUGGUAGAAAAUUGAUCACCAUUGAUUGCAUGCUGAUUAUUCUGUCUCAAGUAAUUGAUAAUUGUUCUCCUUUAUAUUUAAAGCAAGUAUUAGAAUUAUGCAAAAGUUUAAUUGAAGAAAAUUCUGCCAAUUUGUAUUCUAUGUGUGCCCUCAAAGCUGCUAUAUUACAAUGGCUUGCAUCACCCUGUAUAUUAACUAUUGAGGCGUAUGAUACAGCAACAUUUAUUUUAAAACUACUUUGUGAAAAUAGAGAUAUCAAAACAAAUACUGAUUUAAAAAAAUUUGCUCAAGAAUUUAAAGAUCAAUUAUGUACAAAUAAAAAUAUCUUUCUUUCUGUAAACAUUUCUAUACAAUUAGAACAUUUAAUAAACGAAGAAUAUCUUAGUAAAUUUGUAGAAAACAUUAAAAAUACACCCCAUGAAUUCAAAUCGGACAAUUUUAACUUUUUGUGCAGUUUAAUGUUAAUAGAUCACAAAAAUCCUGAUAUAUCUGUCGAUGUUUUGGAUAUGCUGUUAAAAUGUGUUCAAAAUGACAUUUCUUUAUCACCAAAACUACUCACUCUGAUUUUUUAUAAAAUUUCCAACAAUCAACAACCCAAAUUCAAUUUUGCUUUGUUAAAAUCAUUGCCUAAAAUGGUCAUUUUGAGAGAUAACAUUCCAAAAGUCGUGGCCGCCAUACAGGCAAUCAGUAAAGGAUCGGAAAAUUUGUAUAACAUUGGAUUAUCGCUAGCGUUCGAUGUUUGGAGAUUGGACCACAAAUGUUAUACUUUUUUGGAAGAUUUGUUGGUAAAUAAUCCGCCUACCAGGAAGAAGUGGGAAAGAAAUAUCAUUAAGGCUGUUAUUUUGAAGGAAUUGUGUGAAAAAAAACCAGAACUGUAUGGAAAAGACAUAAUAGCUCAUUUAUCUACAAUGUUAAAUGAAUGUAACGAUGAAGAUGGCACCUUACCGUGUGCUAUAGCCAUUGAAGCUAUAACUAUCUUGUGCAGAUCUGGCGUUAUAGAUAUCAAAACGACUUGGGCCACUUUAGCUCCAAAAUUCAGCAACGAUUACAGAUACCCCGUCGUCAAAAGUUUAUGUAGUUUGAUUCAAGAAAUACCACAAUUAUUGAGUACCGAGUCUUAUAUUGAAUUGUUCGAAGAAGUUGUACAAAAAUUGUGGCAGUACGUCGAUUUUGGUGAUAAUAAAAUUAGCGAGGUUGCUUUAUUGAGUAUAACUACUUUCGGAAUUGAACAUAUUCGUAAAAGUUUGCCAGAAAAGUAUUUGGAAAUCAACACUGUUACCAACUUAAACUCCAUUACAGGUAAAACUUGGGUACAUUUUCUGAUCGAAAAUAACGCAUCUCCCGCUGCUUUAAAUUUUAUCAAAAAAAUGGUAUCUAACGAAAUUGAUGAGUAUUUGAAAUAUGUAUACCAAAGUAAAGGACCUAAAGAACCCGUAAAUUAUGGGUACUUACCUUCUCACAGUGUCGUUCGAGCUAUUGGGGAAUUUAUAAAAACUUGGGCUAACAAAUGGAGGGGCAGCAUCCACGACAAACUCUAUUUGGAAUGUUUGAAGAUCUUCGGGUAUGAAUACAGCAAACCGUUACCACCUUUAGAUUGGUGCUUCUUGCAAGAUCUCGUACACGAUACAAAAACUAAAGGAUAUUCCGUAGAUAUCGCGUCUCACCAAGUUGUUUUAUCUGGGACAGCGCGAAGGCUGAUGGAGAAUUAUAUCAUCGCUGCUACUGAGAAUCCGCAGGAUGAAGAUAUAAGGAAUGUUUACAGGAAUUUAAAAUUCCUAGCUAGAAGUAUUCAACCGAUGAUUUUGAGGCCGUUUUUCGAAACCACCCUUUGGUUUGCUAUUAAAAAAUACAAUCAAAAUGAAAUCGGUCUUUUAAAUGAAGUUUCUGAAUUUUUAAAAAACGUUUUGACACUUCCCGAUGUACAGGACACGAAUAAAAUCAUUGUGGUGCAGGUUUUGGAUAGCAUUAUCUUCGUCACUGAGUUAAAUUCCCAGUUGUUUGAUGUUUUAUGCCAAACUAUCAUAGCAGCGCCCUCUAACUGUUUGAAACAACACGCCACUAGCGUGAAAGUUACCGACAACGAAGAACAAUUCAAAAAAUCGGCAAAAAUUCGAUUUGCUUUAGCUAAAAGGUCGAAAAUGUUACCGCUGAUUUGGCUAGACCAGAUUAUCGAUGUAUGGAGUAAUAAUUUCAGAAAUUUGAAAUUGUGGACCGAUCUCGCUAGAGUAUUCGAAUACCACAAUAACAACACCGACGAGUGUGUACCGUGGCUUCUCGAACUAAUCGGUCAAAUCCAAGCCAAAAUCGCCGACAGAUGUGACAUACCAGUCAUUUCUUAUCUGUUUGACAUUCUUAUUUUCGCCGUGGUCUUUUUUUCGGGUAACUUCGUAUUUUUGACAGAAGGAAAUGAAUACAAUGAAGCAGAAUUAAAAGAUUGUUUUCCGCAAUCUUUGGCCACUUUGUUGGAUAGAAAUUAUUGGGAGACGUGCUCCGUACAGGUUUUGGAAUGGUUGUAUCACAUGAAUACAGAGGAAAGUAUACCAAAAAAAUAUCGGAAAAUCUUCGGUAUUUGUCUGCAAGCUUUAAAGCACAACGAAGAAUUCACGAAAAAUCAAAGAUGGUUAAAAUAUUUGAAUAGUAGUACAAAUUUUGAAUAA